CUCCAUACGUUACACAGCUCAUGUGACACGAGGCCAAGAAAACCAGUCAAACUUCCGCGCACUGCCGUCUGUCCACUAUGGCCUUCGCCGCCUCCCCUUCCCUCUCCGCACUCGCUUCCUCCUCGUCGUCAACCGCCGCCGCCCCCACGCCUUCUUCCAACCCUUUGCACGAGCCGAGGCCUCUCCACCUCUCGCUCAAGCCCGUCUUACCCCUCCCCAAACCGCAUGCGCUCUCCUGCUCCGCGCCGCACAUCCCCCGCGCCGCCGCUGGGGACGGAUCGGGCGUCGGGAAUGGAGGCAAGGAUGGAGGCGGCGGCGGGGGUGGCGAGGAUGAAGACGACUGUGACGAUGCGGACUUCGGUCCGCUGCUCGGCUUCAACGAGGUGCUGCACCUCGCCGCGGCGCGCGGCGUUGCGCUCCCGGGCGACAUGCUGGAGGCGGCCAAGGACGCCGGCAUCCGGGAAGUCCUCUUGCUCCGCUACUUCGAUCUGCAGGCCGCGCCGUGGCCACUAGGCGUGUUGAUCCGCGCCUUCUCGAUGCUCCGCAACCGGAUGCUCGCCGACCCGUCGUUCCUCUUCAAAGUUAGCACCGAGAUUGUGAUCGACUCUUGCUGCGCGACAUUUGCAGAGGUGCAGAAGAGGGGAAAGGAUUUUUGGGCAGAGUUUGAACUGUACGCUGCUGAUCUUCUUGUCGGUGUAGCAGUUGAUAUUGCACUUGUGGGGCUGCUGGCUCCAUAUGUGAGAAUUGGGAAGCCAUCUGCUUCAACGGGUCUCUUUGGAAGAUUCAGCAGGAUGGCUGGAUCUUUGCCAAGCAGUGUUUUUGAAGCUGAAAGACCAGGCUGCAGAUUUACAGCCCAGCAAAGAAUCGGAACAUACUUUUACAAGGGUGUCUUGUAUGGUUCAGUUGGAUUUGUCUGUGGCAUAAUUGGUCAAGGAAUUGCUAAUAUGAUAAUGACUGCCAAAAGGAGUGUCAAAAAAUCAGAUGAAGAUAUUCCUGUUCCACCACUUGUUAAAAGUGCAGCUCUAUGGGGUGUGUUCCUCGCUGUAUCAUCUAACACACGCUACCAGAUCAUCAAUGGCCUGGAGCGGGUAGUGGAGGCAUCGCCUGUCGCAAGACGUGUUCCCCCUGUUGCUAUGGCUUUUACGGUUGGGGUUCGUUUUGCCAACAAUAUCUACGGUGGAAUGCAGUUCGUGGAUUGGGCUCGGUGGAGCGGCGUUCAUUGCGGCAUGAUCGACAUCUCGUACCCUUUUGGCGUUGGCCCGGCGUGCUCCCUGCCGGGGUUCAACCUCACCUGUAAGUCCAACACGUACAACGACCAGCUCUGGCUCGGCAGCCCCAACGUGAGCGUGGACAUGACGGUGUCUGCGAGCGGCUCCAUUACCGCGCUCGCCGCCCACGUGGUGCGGUCCGUGAACAUGCCCGCCGCCGCCACAGCCUACUCUGUCUCGUGGGAGGGCCCCGGCAGGCCGUUCGCCAUCUCCGGCUCGUCGAACAUGUCGCUGUUCGUCGUCGGCUGUGGCGUCUUGGCCGCGCUGCUGGACGGCGGCACCGGAGCUGUUGUCGGGAAUUGCUCCGUGAUCUGCGCCGGGGAGGAGGUCGUCAUGGAGAGGCUGCCGGACGGGCUGUGCGGCGGCGUGGGGUGCUGCCGCAUCGACGUGCGCGUGCCCCUCAGGGCGUUCGUCCUCAACCUCUCGCGCACGGGCGAGGGUGUCACCAGAGACAGGGUGACGUUCCUGGUGACCGGCCCAGACGGGUACACGUUCCGGGCGAGCGACCUGGAGCAAGGCAUUGUUGCAGGCGAGGCCGCCCCAGCUCUGCUGGACUGGGCCAUCCCUGACCCCGCGGACUGCGCGCUGGCUGCGGCGGACGGGGCUAGCUAUGCCUGUGUCAGCAACAACAGCGAGUGCCAGAACUCGUCGAUUGGUGGCUACGUCUGCCACUGCUCCCCGGGUUUCGUCGGCAACGCCUACGUCGUCGGUGGCUGCGUGCCAAACCAAGUCUACGGUUCAAGACAGCCCAAGGCGGAUUGUCCGACGACGUGCGGGAACGUGGACAUCCCGUUCCCCUUCGGCAUGGAGCUGGGUUGCUUUGCAAGGAUCCAUCUCUACCUGGCAUGCAACCCGGGGCCAACUCCUCCCAUCCUCCAGAUGACUGAGCAUUCGGCGGUCACUGACAUUUCCAUCGACCAAGGCAUCUUGAGAAUCCAGAGACUCUCUGACCCAGGCGGCUUCCUGGACGGCGGGGACAGCGCGUUCUACCUCUACGUCCUCUCUGGAGAGUCCGGUGUGGCCAAGUGGGCUGUGGAUAAUUCGACUUGCAGAGAUGCAAUGGCGAACAAGCACCAGUACAUGUGCGUCAGCACUCACAGCGACUGCCUAGAAGUCACGGACAACAGAACGAGCGGCCAUGUCGGAUACAGAUGUAGAUGCUCCUCUGGCUUCCAAGGGAACCCUUACCUCGAAGAUGGGUGCACAGAUAUUGACGAGUGCUUGCAGCCAGAUAAAUACAUUUGCCAUGGCAUCUGCCGGAAUAGCCUUGGAAGUUUUUCUUGCACCGAGUGUCCGCACGGAACUGAGUUUGACACCGCUACAAGGAAGUGUAAGACGUCCAGCACUAUUUUAGGUAUCACCGUCGGAAUCAGUUCUGGUGGCGGCCUUCUAUUCCUUGCAGCGAUCGCUGUCCUUCUCAACCGGAGAUGGAAGAGAGGAGUCCAAAAGCAGCUCCGGAGGCGGUACUUCCGCAAGAACAAGGGCAUCCUCCUCGAGCAGCUCAUCUCCUCUGACCAGAACGCGAGCGACGGCACGAAGAUAUUCUCCCUGGCCGAGCUAGAGAAGGCAACAAACAACUUCGACCAGGCCCGCGUCGUUGGCCGCGGCGGCCACGGCACGGUCUACAAGGGCAUCCUGACGGACCAGCGCGUGGUCGCCAUCAAGAGGUCGAAGCAGGUGGCCACCGUCGAGAUAGAGGAGUUCAUCAACGAGGUCGCCAUCCUCUCGCGGAUCAACCACAGGAACGUGGUGAAGCUCCACGGGUGCUGCCUCGAGUCCGAGGUCCCCCUGCUCGUCUACGAGUUCAUCUCCAACGGCACCCUGUACGACCUCCUGCACAGCGGCCGCCGGCGAGACGGCGGCGGCUUGUUGUCGUCGCCGCUGCCGUGGGAGGAACGCCUGCGGAUCGCCAGCGAGGUAGCCGGCGCGCUCACGUAUCUCCACUCGGCUGCUUCCAUGUCGGUGCUCCACAGAGACGUCAAGUCCAUGAACGUGCUCCUGAACGACAGCUACACUGCCAAGGUGUCGGACUUCGGGGCGUCGAGGCUGAUCCCGAUUGACCAGACGCACCUCGUCACCGCCGUGCAGGGCACCUUCGGCUACCUGGACCCGGAGUAUUACCAUACGGGGCAGCUGACUGACAAGAGCGACGUCUACAGCUUCGGAGUGAUACUCGCUGAGCUCCUGACGAGGAACAAGCCGAUCAUCGAGAAGGGGAACGGCGAGAAGGAGAACCUGUCCAACUACCUGUGGGAGGCCAAUGAGAAACCUCUCGAGGAGAUAGUGGACGGUCAGGUCUGGGAGGAAGCGAGCAAGGAAGCGGUCGUGUGCUUUGCUCGCCUGGCGCUGGAGUGUCUGGAUCUGAGGCGAGAGGCGAGGCCAACCAUGAAAGACGUGGAGGUGAGGCUGCAGCUCCUCAAGGCCAAGGCACGUGCUUAUGCUUCGGGACCGAGAGCGGACGGCGAGUUCCGUCCUCCCGGUGAAACAGGGCGACGCGCUAGGCGCUACGGCGUGGUUCCGGUGACUGCUCAGGAUGGGACGCGUCGGUACAGCCUAGAGCAGGAGAUCGCGUCGUCCCUGCGCAUACCACGCUGAAAUUGGAAGCCAUACCAUCAUUCUCGAACAAAUAGCUGAUGGAGUAGCUGUCG